GCACAAACGGCCGGUGAACUGAGGGGAAAGUGCUUUAUGUGAGGAUUUUCUGUGAGCUCGUCUGUUUAUUCGCGGGUUUAUUGUUCAGAAGCUGCAGUUAUGGCAGUGUGUUGAAUCCAGUCACAGCGCGUUAACGGACUGUCCCGUUCCGGCGGAGGAUUGACGCGACGCGACGCGGCGCGAUGUCUCUGCUCUGCGUCGGGGUGAAGAAGGCCAAAUAUGAUGGACCCCAGGAGAAAUUCAACACAUAUGUGACUCUGAAGGUUCAGAAUGUGAAGAGUACGACCAUCGCCGUACGGGGAAGCCAACCCAGCUGGGAGCAAGACUUCAUGUUUGAGAUAAAUCGGCUGGAUCUGGGCCUAACGGUGGAGGUGUGGAAUAAAGGACUGAUCUGGGACACCAUGGUCGGCUACGUUUGGAUCCCACUGCGGAGUAUCCGCCAAUCAAACGAGGAAGGACCAGGCGAGUGGCUGACUCUAGAUUCUCAGGUCAUAAUGGCGGAUAAUGAAAUCUGUGGGACCAAAGAUCCAACAUUUCACCGUUUGCUUCUGGACACGCGCUUCGAACUGCCGCUGGACAUCCCAGAAGAAGAGGCUCGAUACUGGGCCAAAAAACUGGAGCAGCUCAACGCCAUGCGAGACCAGGACUAUUCAUAUCAGGAGGUUCAGGAGAGGCCGCUGUCUGUACCGGGAACACAGUGCUGUGACUGGGAAUCAUCGCUGGAUGGCAGCCAACAGAACAUUGAUCCAGACAGCGCGAUGGAUGACCGAGACAGUGAUUACCGCAGUGAGACCAGUAACAGUAUCCCACCGCCAUACUACACCACAUCUCAGCCCAACGCCUCGGUCCACCAGUAUCCCAUGAGCCACCAGCACCGCAGUCCUCACGCCGCAUACUCACACACCAACAACUGCGACCUGGACUACGAUCAACAGAGAGGCAUCAGCCCGACCGGGAGCUAUGCAUCCUCAGCCGAGCUCAGCCGCUGUAGUUCUCAACUGAGCGAAGAGUAUGGCGAGCGAGAACUUUACGACGAGAACGACUCGUACCACUCCUGCCACUCGUCUGUGUCUUACAGCAAGGGCUCGCCCGACUGGGACGAGACACAGGGAGGAGCGUACAGCGACGAAUGCGCCUACAGUAAAGACGGAGGAGAAGAAGGUGCUCUAUAUGAAGAAGAAGAUGCUGACCUGUAUCCAGAGGAGGUGGACAUGUUCGAGGGCGAGGAGGACUUCAACUACGUCGAUGAAGAUUUGUAUCCGGUGGAUGGGGACCAAGAGCUUCCGUUCACCCCAACACCAUCCAGCACCGCCCCAACGCUAGACGUCCCAUCAACCACCAGACCUCCUCUGGAGAAACAGGCCUCACUUCACCAACAGUCUCAAAACGCCAGCCAACCUCCAGUUCAACCGUCCAAUCAGACACAACCCAAACCCCCAAACCAACAAGUUCCCACCCCCCAAAAACAAGCACCACCCCAACAGCAGUCCUCAGGCCCAAUCCCUUCGGUUCAGUCCUUCUUCGCUAUGGCUAAGCCAUUGACUGCCGUGUUUGGUUUGGGUGGAUCUACUCCUUCACCACCAACAACUCAAUCCCAACCUCCAGCUCAACCCGUGACAACACAAUCCCAGCCUCAGAUGGCUCAACCUCCUGCUCCUGCCACCCAACAGAUGCCUCCACCUACAACCAAAUCCCCUGAGCUUCCCACUCCUGCCCCAACAACCAACUCCAAACCUCCUGCACCAGAACCUAAACCUCCAACCCCGACAGAGGAGAAACUGCCCACAGUAGAGCCACCAAUGGAGGAGGAACCUCCACUUCAAGAAGACGACUUUCACAUGGAAGAACCUCCAAAUGAGGAAAUAAAGAUUGAGAGUCCACCUCCAUCUCCUCCUUUUGAAGAGGAGGAACCAGUACCUGAACCUGAGAGUGAACUGGUGAAGGAGGAGCCGAAGGAGCCGGUGGAUCCGGCGGUCAGAGCUAAAGAGAACUGGUUACGACUCUUUGAGAAAGUCCGACGGCAGUUGCAGGAGGCACGAGGAGAGACAGACUCUCAGUCGCUGUGGUUUGGUAAAGGAGGGAUGGGCGGGGCGUUGUACAGCAUCGACAGCAUGCCUGAUCUGAAGAAGAGGAAGACCAUUCCUCUGGUCAGAGAUCUGUCUCUAGUGCAGAACUCUCGUAAGGCUGGCAUCACGUCUGCUAUGGCCUCUAGCACACUCAACAAUGAGGAGCUGAAGAGUCACGUGUAUAAGAAGACGCUGCAGGCUCUGAUCUACCCCAUCUCCUGCACCACGCCACACAACUUCGAGGUGUGGACGGCCACGACACCCACCUACUGCUACGAGUGUGAGGGUCUGCUGUGGGGCAUCGCGCGUCAGGGCAUGCGCUGCUCCGAGUGCGGCGUCAAAUGCCACGAUAAGUGCCAGGACCUGCUCAAUGCCGACUGCCUGCAGAGUGAGAUUUCAGUGCUUACAGUGUGUCAUGAGUGUCAUAACUCUUCCGACCGGAUAAAGGUGCGCGUCUGGGACGAGGACGAUGAUAUCAAGUCUCGCGUGAAGCAGCGGUUCAAGCGGGAGUCUGAUGACUUCCUGGGACAGACUAUCAUUGAAGUGCGAACGCUGAGUGGAGAAAUGGACGUCUGGUACAACCUCGACAAGCGCACGGAUAAGUCGGCUGUUUCUGGAGCGAUCCGCAUGCACAUCAGUGUGGAGAUCAAAGGAGAGGAGACCGUGUCUCCGUACCACGUUCAGUACACCUGCCUGCAUGAGCACAUCUUCCACUACACCACAGAGAAGCAGAACAGCGGCGUGGUGAAGAUCCCAGAUGCUAAAGGCGAUGACGCCUGGAAAGUGUACUUCGAUGAGACGGCGCAGGAGAUCGUGGACGAGUUCGCCAUGAGAUACGGAGUGGAAUCGAUCUAUCAGGCCAUGACGCAUUUCGCAUGUCUGUCAUCGAAGUACAUGUGUCCCGGUGUUCCUGCGGUCAUGAGCACGCUGCUGGCCAACAUCAACGCUUACUACGCCCACACCACACAGUCCUCCAACAACGUCUCUGCCUCCGACCGCUUCGCUGCAUCCAACUUUGGGAAAGAGCGGUUUGUGAAACUGUUGGAUCAACUGCACAACUCUCUGAGGAUAGACCUCUCUAUGUACAGGAAUAAUUUCCCAGCCAGCAGUCCUGAGAGGUUGCAGGAUCUGAAGUCCACUGUAGAUCUUCUGACCAGCAUCACUUUCUUCAGGAUGAAGGUCCAGGAGCUGCAGAGUCCACCGAGAGCGAGUCAAGUUGUUAAAGACUGUGUGAAAGCGUGUCUCAACUCAACGUACGAGUACAUCUUUAAUAACUGCCAUGAGCUCUACAGCCGGGAAUACCAGAAUGACCCAUCGAAGAUGGUUCCUCCUGAAGAACAGGGGCCGAGUAUUAAGAACCUGGACUUCUGGUCCAAACUCAUCACCCUCAUCGUUUCCAUUAUAGAGGAGGACAAGAACUCUUACACGCCCUGCUUGAACCAGUUCCCUCAGGAGCUGAACGUGGGAAAGAUCAGUGCGGAGGUGAUGUGGAACAUGUUUGCUCAGGAUAUGAAGUACGCGAUGGAAGAACACGAGAAACACAGGCUGUGCAAGAGCGCCGAUUACAUGAACCUGCACUUCAAGGUGAAGUGGCUCUACAACGAAUACUGCAAGGAGCUGCCGUAUUUCCAGGACCGUGUGCCGGAGUAUCCAGCCUGGUUUGAGCCCUUCGUGAUCCUGUGGCUGGAUGAGAAUGAGGAAGUAUCUAGAGAUUUUCUGCACGGCGCUCUGGUCAGGGACGCAAAGGACGGGUUCCAGCAGACGUCGGAGCACGCGCUCUUCUCCUGUUCGGUGGUGGAUGUCUUUUCUCAGCUCAACCAGAGCUUCGAGAUCAUCAGGAAGUUGGAGUGUCCUGAUCCUCAGAUCGUUGGGAAUUACAUGAAGAGGUUUGCUAAGACCAUUGGAAAUGUUCUUCUGUCUUAUGCCGACAUCAUUGCCAAGGAUUUUCCAACUCACUGCAAGAAGCCUCACUUCCAGCAGACGUCGGAGCACGCGCUCUUCUCCUGUUCGGUGGUGGAUGUCUUUUCUCAGCUCAACCAGAGCUUCGAGAUCAUCAGGAAGUUGGAGUGUCCUGAUCCUCAGAUCGUUGGGAAUUACAUGAAGAGGUUUGCUAAGACCAUUGGAAAUGUUCUUCUGUCUUAUGCCGACAUCAUUGCCAAGGAUUUUCCAACUCACUGCAAGAAGGAGAAAGUGCCUUGCAUCAUUAUUAAUAAUAUCCAGCAGCUGCGAGUCCAGUUGGAGAAGAUGUUUGAGGCCAUGGGAGGGAAAGACUUAAACGUGGAGGCCAGUGACUUUCUGAAGGAUCUUCAAGUCAAGCUGAACAAUGUGAUGGAUGAUCUCAGCCGGAUUUUUGCCGUGAGUUUCCAGCCGCACAUCGAGGAGAGCGUGAAGCAGAUGGGAGAUAUUCUCAGUCAGGUGAAAGGAGCAAACGUACCUGCUAACGGCAACGGCAGCUUAGCACAGGACGCCGACAACGUCCUGCAGCCCAUCAUGGACUUCCUGGACAGCAAUCUGACUCUGUUUGCUAAGAUCUGUGAGAAGACGGUUCUCAAGCGAGUGCUGAAGGAGCUGUGGAAGCUGGUGAUGAACACCAUGGAGAAAACCAUCGUCCUGCCGCCGCUGACCGACCAAACGAUGAUUGGCACACAGCUCAUCUUUAAUGCUGCUAAAGAGUUGGGUCAGCUCUCCAAACUGAAGGAGCACAUGGUGCGCGAGGAGGCCAAAGCGCUAAGCCCUAAACAGUGUGCAGUCAUCGAGCUCGCACUGGACACUAUUAAGCAAUACUUCCAUGCAGGCGGUGUGGGUCUGAAGAAGACGUUUCUGGAGAAGAGUCCAGAUCUGCAGUCUCUGCGCUAUGCGCUCUCUCUCUACACGCAGGCCACAGACAAACUCAUCAGGAAGUUCGUCCUGUCGCAGCACACUCAGGUUCAUGGUGGUAAAGGCGUGCGAUACACUCACAGUGAAGAUGUUUAUCCAGAGAAAGCCUCAGGCGUGGAUGACGCGGUGGGUGAGAUUUGUAUGACUGUGGAGAUCUUCAGCGACCCAAACACAGGAGGACACAAAAUCACAGCUAAAGUGGUGGCAGCCAAUGACCUUCGCUGGCAGACGCAGGGAAUAUUCCGGCCCUUCGUGGAGGUGUACAUCAUCGGCCCGCACCUCAGUGACAAGAAGAGGAAGUUCGCCACCAAAUCCAAAAACAACAGUUGGUCGGCCAAGUUCGGCGAAUCCUUCCAGUUUGUGCUGGGCAGUGAGCUGGGGCCGGAGGGUUACGAGCUGCAGGUGUGUGUGAAGGAUUACUGUUUUGCGCGCGAGGACCGGAGUGUGGGCAUGACUGUGCUUCAGCUGAAGGAGCUAACGUCUCGCAGCAGCGCCACCUGCUGGCUCCCGCUCGCCAAACGCAUCCACAUGGACGAGACGGGCCUCACCGUCCUCCGCAUCCUCUCGCAGCGCAACAACGACGAGGUGGCCAAAGAGUUCGUCAAGCUGAAGUCGGACCAGCGCUCGGCCGAGGAGGGCAGGGGGAGCUGAGGUGUAAAAGCACCAAACAAAAGCAAUGGAGCACAGACACACUCAUAUCUGCACAGACGAACGCAAUCGAGCAAAUAAUGACGUCAGCAGAAACCCCUGACAAAUAAUAUUUCAGCUCGACCUGACCCUGUUUACUUCCAUAAGUUCCAGUUCCUGAUGAAUGAAUCCAGUCAUAAACGUUUGAUUUCUGUCUUAG